UGGCAUCGACCGAGGCCAUAGCGCACCGCACUCCUUGAGAAAAUCCCCGGCCUCAGCCCUACUGAAGUCGGUGACGGAAAGAAAAACGAACUGAGCGGACCGAAGGCGAUGUCCCCGCCGCAGCCCGGCGUGCUUUCCCGCCGGUCCCCGUGCGGGGCGGCGGCGCUCCCGCUCCCGCCCGGGAAACUUUCGGGUUGCGCCGCGCUCCGGCCGGGAGGCGCUGCCCGCCUUCCCCCGGCGCUGCCCCGCGGCCGCCGGAUACACCGCCUCUAUUCACCGGAGCCCCGCGAGGGGUGCGGGGGGUGGCGUCCCGGCCCGGCGCUGCCCCCCGGCCGGGCGGCACAAAGCAGCGGCUGUCACACGCACGCACACACACGAGCAGCAACUCGGGAGGAUGAGGAGGAGCCGCCCCCGAGACCCCCCCCGCAACUGGACGUGGCACAACGAACACUCCUCCAGCUCCGGGCCCCCCGUGCCGCCCCCGGCAGGUACCGGCCCCUCCUGCGCGGGGCGGCCGCGGAGCCUCGGCCGCACAGCUGGACUCCAGGCACCAACAUGACUGAACGCUUUGAUUGCCACUACUGCAAAGAGUCACUGUUUGGUAAGAAGUACAUCCUGAAGGAGGACAGCCCCUACUGUGUGAAAUGUUAUGAAAAUCUUUAUUCCAACACCUGUGAGGAAUGCAAAAAACCUAUUGGUGCUGACUGCAAGGAUCUGUCUUAUAAGGACCGCCACUGGCACGAAACCUGCUUCCACUGUUUCCAGUGCAAGAAUUCCUUGGUGGACAAACCUUUUGCUGCAAAAGAGGAACAUCUACUUUGUACUGACUGCUACUCCAAUGAAUACUCUUCCAAAUGUAAUGAGUGCAAGAAGACUAUUAUGCCAGGUACUCGGAAGAUGGAAUACAAGGGCAACAGCUGGCACGAGACCUGCUUUAUCUGCUGCCGCUGCCAGCAGCCUAUUGGGACAAAGAGCUUCAUCCCUAAGGACAAUCAAAACUUUUGUGUACCCUGCUAUGAAAAACAGUUUGCCAUGCAAUGUGUCCAGUGCAAGGAGGCGAUCACCACAGGAGGUGUUACCUACCGGGAGCAGCCAUGGCAUAAGGAGUGCUUCGUGUGUACUGCAUGCAAGAAGCAGUUGUCUGGACAGCGCUUUACCUCCAGGGAUGAGUUUGCAUACUGCUUGAGCUGCUUCUGCAACCUCUAUGCCAAAAAGUGUGCUGGAUGCACAAACCCAAUCAGUGGACUCGGAGGAACCAAGUACAUCUCCUUUGAAGAACGGCAGUGGCAUAAUGAUUGCUUUAACUGUAAAAAGUGCUCCCUUUCAUUGGUGGGUCGUGGCUUCCUCACAGAAAGGGAUGACAUCCUUUGCCCUGAAUGUGGAAAGGAUAUUUAAAGCUCAAACUAAGAGGUGAGGAAGAAGGGAGGAAAGCCGUGCUCACAAUAUAUAGUCUGAAACACAUGGAUGUUCCAAGCUAGGUUUGCCACUCUGUGUCUCACUGUACUAUUAACAUUUCUUAACCUUUUUCUUUAUACUCUCCUAGUCUGGAGGGAAAACAGCUUGAGAAUUUCUAAUAGCAAUGUCAGUGUUUAAGAUUUCUACCAAUAACAAAAAGUAAUGCAAAACCCAUGAUGUAAAACUAUUUGGCUGUUUUUGACAUAACAUAGUAUUUUUAAGAUUUUUUUUUUCCUAAAAAACAUUCCAGUUACAAGGAAGUGAUACAGGUCAAGGAUAACAAUGGCCACACACAGUACAUUCAUUGGUGGAUAUUCAGGGUGAAGCCUUCUGCCCACUGAAAUCAAUGGCAAAGGCCAUUCAAUUCCAAUAAGGCUGGUGUAACCCCAGUGUUCUUGAGCUAUGUGACAAGUGUGUGCUGUCAAGUCUGUAGAAAGACUGCAAAUGUAGAGUGUGUUUCAAUGUACAUGGAUUUGUGACAUGCCAUAAAGAGAUAAUGAUGAAACAGUGGAAGUGGGAGUGCUUCAUGACAGGUACAUAUUUUAUUGCAUGUCUAGCUGAUCAUUGUGUGAAGUAUAAGUUCUGAUCAACAGUGUCAGUAUUACAGUUAGUUGACAUUACACUGCACAUUGUAUUUUUCAAAAUAAAAUUGUUUAAAACAAAACUGCGAUUGUGGCUUAAUUGUAUUUACAUAAUAUUUACAAAAAUGUUU